AUGGACCCCGCUAUCCUUCACAAACUUUCGCAGCUCGAUCCCGCCGUGCCCUUUCGCGCCACCACCGAUCAUUUGCAUCACACCUGGGCCAGGACAUUCUACUCCCGACCGGAGCUCUACGUCCGUCCGCAAUCUUUGGCUGAGAUCCAGAAACUCGUCACCCUCGCCCGUCACUGUCGCCGUCGUCUUGUCACCGUUGGUAGUGGCCACUCCCCUUCGGAUCUGACUUGCACCUCCUCAUGGCUGGUCAACCUCGAUGAUUUCAGUCGCGUGUUGGAGGUGUCGCCUGAGACCGGCGUGGUCACCGUGCAGGCUGGAAUACGAUUGAGAGACCUAGGAAAGCAGUUAGAGAAGCAUGGCCUCACCUUGUCGAAUCUGGGUAGCAUCGAUAGUCAGUCGAUUGCGGGAGUCAUUUCGACGGGCACACAUGGGAGCUCCUUACAGCAUGGUCUGAUCUCGGAAUGUAUUGUGUCCCUGACACUAAUGCUGGCUAAUGGGCAAGUGGUGCGAUGCAGUCCAACGAAUAAUCCCGACCUCUUCCGCGCCGCCCUUAUCUCCCUCGGUGCCCUGGGCAUCAUUGUCGAGGUCACGUUACAAGCUGAGCCCACCUUCAAGGUCGCAUGGCGACAGUCCCGCCGGAAGCUUUCGAGCGUUCUGGAUGAAUGGUCGACUGGACUGUGGACCACGCAUGAGUUCGUACGGGUCUGGUGGAUGCCGUAUGAGAAGAGCGCGGUCGUUUGGCAUGCAGACAAGACCGAUCUUCCGGUGCGCCCUCCACCGAAGACGUUUUAUGGGGAAACCGUCGGUUACCACAUUUAUCACAACCUGCUAGCCCUGGCCAAUUACUUCCCUCGUAUCCUGCCAUGGGUCGAGUGGUUUGUCUUCGGCCUGCAGUAUGGAUUCAAGGAAGAAACCAAGGUCACGGAAGCCGUGGAGCCGGCCCGCGACGGUCUGCUCAUGAAUUGUCUCUACUCGCAAUUCGUUAACGAGUGGGCUCUUCCCUUGGAGAAGGGACCGGAGGCUAUCACCCGGCUUUCUGCUUGGCUAAACGGCGAUGUCGAAACGGCACGUAUUCCAUUCUCUGUCGACGGACUCUGGGUGCAUUGUCCGAUCGAAGUCAGAGUUGCCGACUCUACACUUAAUAAGAACCCCCGCCCAUUCCUUGAUCCCAGUUGCUCUGACGGUCCGACCUUGUAUCUGAAUGCGACUCUCUAUCGUCCUUACCAUCGGGAUCCCCCCUGCACGGCUCGCUACUACGAGGCUUUUGAAUGGCUCAUGCGUGAGAUGGGAGCCAGACCGCACUGGGCCAAGAACUUCGUCGCAACGCGCGAUGAAUUAAGGCAGCUGUACGGUGGCGGCAUGGAUGAAUGGAUGAAGGUGCGCCAAGAUGUUGACCCGGAUGGAAUGUUUCUGGGCGAGUGGCACCAUCGCAAUCUGAGCUUGUCCGUUGGUGAGUCAACUGCUACAGAAGAAAGCCUCCCUCUUCUCGAACGGGAGAAGGCUCGUCGGAAGGCAGGUGUCCGCGGGGCGGGUGACGGCUUGGAGUGGAUUGGUGACAAGAGUUGGCAAACGAAGCACGCAGGUGUAUCCUUGUCCCUGCUCGAAAAGGAAAAGUCCUUUGCUUCCGUCGAAAGCACGGGUCUGAGCCCUCCCACAACCGCAGCCAGUGACGAGAGCUUCGACAUUCUUGCAACCGGUGAGGCUAGCAUUGUUCUUCCUGGUCGCCACUCGUGA